AUGAAGUUAUUAAUUAAAUCGGCCCUAGUGGUCGUACUGGUCGUAUUGGCCUGUUCGGCGGAGGAAAAAAAAGAGAAGGACAAGGAUAUUGGCACGGUGGUCGGUAUUGAUCUCGGCACGACGUACUCCUGCGUCGGUGUGUACAAAAAUGGACGCGUAGAAAUUAUUGCCAACGAUCAGGGUAACCGUAUUACGCCGUCCUACGUGGCAUUUACCGCCGACGGCGAACGUCUGAUUGGUGAUGCCGCCAAGAACCAGCUGACGACGAACCCCGAAAAUACUGUGUUCGAUGCGAAACGUUUGAUCGGGCGUGAGUUCACCGACCAUACGGUGCAGCACGACAUUAAGCUGCUGCCGUUCAAGGUGAUUGAGAAGAACUCGAAGCCACACAUCAAGGUAUCGACAGGCCAGGGUGAUAAGGUGUUCGCGCCGGAAGAAAUCUCCGCCAUGGUGCUGGGCAAGAUGAAGGAAACGGCCGAAGCAUAUCUGGGCAAGAAGGUUACGCACGCGGUCGUCACGGUGCCGGCUUACUUUAACGAUGCGCAGCGUCAGGCUACGAAGGAUGCGGGAACGAUCGCUGGGCUGGUGGUGAUGCGUAUCAUCAACGAGCCUACGGCGGCCGCCAUUGCUUACGGAUUGGACAAGAAGGAUGGUGAAAAGAACGUGCUGGUGUUCGAUCUUGGCGGUGGUACCUUCGAUGUGUCGCUGUUGACCAUUGACAAUGGUGUGUUUGAGGUGGUGGCCACGAACGGUGACACCCAUCUGGGCGGUGAGGACUUCGAUCAGCGCGUGAUGGAUCACUUCAUCAAGAUGUACAAGAAGAAGAAGGGCAAGGAUAUUCGCAAGGACAACCGCGCGGUCCAGAAGCUGCGUCGUGAGGUGGAGAAGGCGAAGCGUGCCCUUUCGGCAAGCCACCAGGUGCGCAUUGAAAUUGAAUCGUUCUUCGAGGGUGAUGAUUUCAGCGAAACGCUCACCCGGGCGAAGUUUGAGGAGCUGAACAUGGAUCUGUUCCGGUCGACCAUGAAGCCCGUGCACAAGGUGCUGGAGGAUGCGGACAUGACGAAGAAUGAUGUCGAUGAGAUUGUGCUGGUCGGUGGAUCGACCCGUAUCCCGAAGGUGCAACAGCUGGUGAAAGAAUUCUUCAAUGGCAAGGAACCGUCCCGCGGUAUUAAUCCUGAUGAGGCUGUCGCUUACGGUGCCGCUGUACAGGCCGGCGUGCUUUCGGGCGAGCAGGAUACCGACGCGAUUGUGCUGCUGGAUGUCAACCCACUGACCAUGGGCAUUGAGACGGUGGGUGGAGUGAUGACGAAGCUGAUCCCGCGCAACACUGUCAUCCCGACGAAGAAGUCACAAAUCUUCUCGACCGCCUCGGACAAUCAACACACCGUCACGAUCCAGGUGUACGAGGGUGAGCGUCCAAUGACGAAGGAUAACCAUCUGUUGGGUAAAUUCGACCUGACCGGUAUUCCACCGGCACCGCGUGGUAUCCCACAGAUUGAAGUGUCGUUCGAAAUCGAUGCCAACGGCAUUCUGCAAGUGUCGGCCGAGGACAAGGGUACGGGCAAUCGGGAAAAGAUCGUCAUCACCAACGAUCAAAACCGGUUGACGCCGGAUGAUAUCGAUCGCAUGAUUAAGGAUGCGGAACGGUUUGCCGAUGAUGAUAAGAAGCUGAAGGAGCGUGUCGAGGCACGGAACGAGCUGGAAAGCUACGCGUACAGCCUGAAGAACCAGCUUAGCUCGAAGGAUAAGCUCGGUGCGAGCGUGUCGGACGACGAUAAGGCUAAGAUGGAGGAAGCGAUCGACGAGAAGAUCAAGUGGCUGGACGAAAAUCAGGAUACGGAGGCGGAAGAGUACAAGAAGCAGAAGAAGGAACUGGAAGACAUUGUGCAGCCAAUCAUUGCCAAGCUGUACGCCAGCAGUGGCGGUGCCCCACCACCAACGGCCGGCGGUGAAGAUGACGAUGAGUUGAAGGACGAGCUGUAA